GGUAAUAUUUCAUACCACAUAUUUACUAGAUUGAAAUUUAAACAAAAUUACAAAAUUUACUCGGAUUUCAAUAGAUUGAAAAUGACAGCUGUCCGUAGAAAAAGUGAUUCUUUAUUGCGAUCGUUUAGUAAUAACAUCCCAAAGCAAAUUCAGUGCAAUGAAAAACAAGGUACACGGUCAUCAAAUAUGGCAGACGUACCGAUCGAUUGUGAUUUUCCUGUUUGGGGAUUAAUGCCGAAAAAAGAAACAGGGGUUGUCACAUUUUUAAAUAAAUACCCAGAGUAUGAUGGCAGGAAUACAAUUAUUGCAAUUCUCGAUUCGGGCGUCGAUCCGGCCGCUGAGGGUCUUAAGUUGACCAGUACAGGGGAAACUAAAGUUAUAGAAAGGUUCGACUGCAGCGGUUGCGGCGAUGUGGACACUAGCACGAUUAUUCGGAAGGUUGUGGACGGAUGUAUUACCGGUACCACAGGCCGAAAACUGAAAAUACCAGAAUCCUGGAAUAACCCAACAGGAGAGUGGCGCACAGGAGUCCUCUAUCCAUUUAGUAUAUACCCUUCAAAAGUGAAAGAGAGAAUACAAGAACACAGAAAGGAGCACCUUUGGGAUGUGGGUCAUAAGCCUGCAUUGGCACAGGCUAGCAAACAGUUGCAGGAUUUUGAAAAUGAAGUUGCCUCAAAAACAACCCUUAGUCAAGAAGAGAAACUACAGAAAGAGGAACUGGAGACCAGGGUAGAGGUAUUGAAAGAGGCAGAGAAGAAAUAUACCGAUUUAGGUCCCACUUACGACUGUGUUUUGUUCCAUGAUGGAACUGUUUGGAGAGCAUGCAUAGACACGUCCGAAACGGGUGACUUGUCCACUGGUCGUCUGCUAGGCGAGUACAGCACUACUCACGAGCAUGCGCACUUGACGCCCCUCGAUGAGAUGACGGUCAGCAUCAACGUCCACGAUGAAGGCAACACGCUGGAAGUUGUGGGGAUGUGCUCGACGCACGGCACGCACGUGGCCGCCAUCGCCGCGGGCUGGUUCGCGCACGAGCCGGCGCGCAACGGCGUGGCGCCGGGCGCGCGCGUGGUGUCGCUCACCAUCGGGGACAGCCGCCUGGGCUCCAUGGAGACGGGCGCGGCGCUGGUGCGCGCGUGCGUCAAGGUCAUGGAGCUCAGCCGCGCGCUGCGCAUCGACGUCAUCAACAUGAGCUACGGCGAGCACGCGCACUGGUCCAACGCGGGUCGCGUUGGCGACGUGAUCAGCUCGGUGGUCAACCGCUACGGGGUGUCGUGGGUGGUGUCCGCCGGCAACCACGGGCCCGCGCUCGCCACCGUGGGCGCGCCGCCCGACAUCGCGCAACCCAUACUCAUCGGCGUGGGCGCGUACGUGUCGGCGGAGAUGAUGCUGGCGGCCUACUCCAUGCGCGCGCGCGGUGCGCCCGGCGCCUUCAGCUGGAGCUCGCGCGGCCCGUGCGCCGACGGCGCCGCCGGCCUGUCCGUGUGCGCGCCCGGCGGCGCCGUGGCCUCCGUGGCCAGGUACGACUCGCUACACUGUCAUGCGCCCGGCGCCUUCAGCUGGAGCUCGCGCGGCCCGUGCGCCGACGGCGCCGCCGGCCUGUCCGUGUGCGCGCCCGGCGGCGCCGUGGCCUCCGUGGCCAGGUACGACUCGCUACACUGUCAUGCGCCCGGCGCCUUCAGCUGGAGCUCGCGCGGCCCGUGCGCCGACGGCGCCGCCGGCCUGUCCGUGUGCGCGCCCGGCGGCGCCGUGGCCUCCGUGGCCAGGUACGACUCGCUACACUGUCAUGCGCCCGGCGCCUUCAGCUGGAGCUCGCGCGGCCCGUGCGCCGACGGCGCCGCCGGCCUGUCCGUGUGCGCGCCCGGCGGCGCCGUGGCCUCCGUGGCCAGGUACGACUCGCUACACUGUCAUGCGCCCGGCGCCUUCAGCUGGAGCUCGCGCGGCCCGUGCGCCGACGGCGCCGCCGGCCUGUCCGUGUGCGCGCCCGGCGGCGCCGUGGCCUCCGUGGCCAGGUACGACUCGCUACACUGUCAUGCGCCCGGCGCCUUCAGCUGGAGCUCGCGCGGCCCGUGCGCCGACGGCGCCGCCGGCCUGUCCGUGUGCGCGCCCGGCGGCGCCGUGGCCUCCGUGGCCAGGUACGACUCGCUACACUGUCAUGCGCCCGGCGCCUUCAGCUGGAGCUCGCGCGGCCCGUGCGCCGACGGCGCCGCCGGCCUGUCCGUGUGCGCGCCCGGCGGCGCCGUGGCCUCCGUGGCCAGGUUCACCCUGCGUAACUGCCAGCUCAUGAAUGGGACAUCAAUGGCCGCCCCCCAUGUCGCCGGAGCCGUGGCUGCGCUAAUAUCGGGGCUGAAAGCCAAAGAGCUACCCUACUCCCCAUACUCCAUAAAGAGGGCGCUCGAGAAUUCUGCUGGCUACUUGGAGCACGUGGAGCCCUGGGCACAGGGCUGCGGCCUGCUUAAUAUUGAGAAGGCCUUCGACAUCCUUACGAACUACCACGACCAACCGGAGCGUGACGUCACGUUCUCGCUUAAAUGUGGAAGCAGUAACGCAAAGGGCGUCUUCUUGCGGCCGAAGCUGGAUGAGGUCAUGCCCAAAGACAUCGGCAUCACCGUCGAGCCGCAGUUCCUCGAGGACCACACGGACGAAGAAAACCAGCGCGUGAUCCCGCGCCAGAUCGCGUACGGACAGCGCCUGGCGCUCACGUGCGGCGCCGCGUGGGUGUCGCACCCCGCGCACCUCGACAUGAUGAACGCGCCGCGCCCGCUGGCGCUGCGCGUGUGCACCGCCACGCUGCCGCCCGGCCCGCACUUCGCCAGUGUAGACGCCUACGACGUGGCGUGCGUGGCGAAGGGCCCCGUGUUCCGCAUCCCCAUCACCGUGCUACAACCGCAACCGCUGACGAUGUCCGCGUCGGCCGCGCCGCAGAUUGACGAGAAGGACGUGCUAUUCAAACCCUCCACUAUCAAGCGGCAUAUCAUUGUGGCGCCGGCGGAGGCGUCGUGGGGCGUGGUGCGCGUGGCGCGGCGCGGCGGGGAGGCGGGCGCGCGCUUCCUGCUGCACGCCAUGCAGCUGGCGCCGCGCCGCUCGUGCCGCGCGCACGACACGCACCGCAUGCUGGCCGUGGCGCCGCUCGCGCCCGCCGCCGCGCCCUUCCGCGUGCUGGGCGGGAUAACUCUAGAGGUGGUGAUAGCGAAGUACUGGGCCAACGUGGGCGACAUCACCGUGGACUACAGCAUCGAGUUCCACGGCCUCAAGCCGGACUUCGGCACCAAGCUGACCAUGAGCUCGGCCACGCUGGGCGCGGUGCAACUGGCUGCACUCAGGCCGCAGGAGGUUCAGCCCUCCGCGCAGCUCAAACACAUCGAGCCCGUGUACAGACCCUCGGAUUCCAAGCUAGUGCCGCUGACAGCCCGUGACGUCAUUCCCCCCAGUAGACAGAUCUACCAGCUCAUUAACACUUACACGUUCCACAUAGCUAAAGCCACUGAGGUGUCGCCGAUCGUGCCGAUGCUGUGCGACAUGCUGUACGAGUCGGAGUUCGAGUCGCAGAUGUGGAUGCUGUACAACAGCUGCAAGCAGCUCAUGGCCGUCGGGGACGCCUAUCCCUCCAAGUACUCCGCGAAGGUGGAGAAGGGCGAGUACACACUGCGGCUGGGCGUGCGGCACGAGAGCCGCGCGCUGUUGGAGCGCCUGUCGGAGCUGCCCGUCGUCAUCCAGCAACGCCUCGCGCAGCCGAUCACGCUCGACGCGUACUGCUCGCAGCCGCAGGCGCUAACGGGCGGUAAGAAGUUCACGUCCGCUUCGAUGGCACAUGGCGAGCUGCUACCUAUAUACUUCACGCCUGUGCCUGCUGAAAAGAUAAGUCGCUCGAGCAUAUCCCCCGGCGUGACGCUGACGGGCGUGGUGUCGUUCGCCAAGGACGAGCUGGGCCACAAGGCGGACUCGUACGCCGUGGCGCUGCUGGCGUGCGAGCCGCCGCGCCGCGCGCCAAGGGACGCUCGGCCCAGGCAAGACGACUACGCGGACGCGUACAAGGACUUCGUCGCACUGUGGCUGCCCAAACUGGAGGGCGAGAAAUUGGAGCAGGUGUAUGAAGAGUUGAUUGAAAAGUUCCCCAACUACCUCGGUGCCCACAUAGCAUAUCUCCACGGCAUCGACUCGCCGACGGAUCCUAAAAAAUUACCGCAUGCGACAGAAGACCCCGACGUCACGACGGCAUGGUGUGAACAGUUAAUUACUAUCUCCGAUAAGGUCAUCAAGCAAAUAGAUCAGGAGAAGCUGUUGGCGUACCUCGGUCUGAAGAACGACACGCGCUGCGACGCCACCAAAAUAAAACAAGAGCACGAGAAGCAGAAAAACUACCUCAUCGACGCGUUGUGCCGCAAGGGCACGGCGCUGUGCCGGCUGCGCGCGCUAUCGCAGGGCGACAAGCUGACCGACGCGUUGCACGCCAACAUGGCCGACUUGCUCAAGUUCACCGACCUCACCGACGCCAAGGCAAUCCACUACGGCGUGUGGCACUGCUUCGCACUGAAGCAGUGGGGCCGCGCCUGCAGGCUGCUGGCCAAGAUGCUGGAGGAGCGGCCCUCCCGGGAGGCGGAGGAGCGCCUGGCGCAGGCCUACCGCCAGCUGGGCUGGCACCACCUCGCCGCCGCCACGGCCGCCGCGCUGCCCACCAAGUACCCCAGCGCGUACCGGCCCUUCUGAGUGUGUAGCCCUCUCUCGCACUGUCACCAGGAAUUUGGCAUUCGCGAGAAGAAGACACAACACUGCGUAACCAUACGAACGCUUUACGAUGUUCAUUAAUAAGACGUUUUCUGAAUACCACUUAUAUAAGUUGCAAUGAUGUAUUUGUGCAGGCUCAAUUUGUUAGAUUGACGCGAAAAUAUUUUAGCCAAUUGUGACGCGGGAAAAAUUCCGCUAUUGGUUGCUACGGACGGCUUACGACACUAUUUUCAAGUCCCAUUGUAUUUUAAAUCUUAGUGUAAAGCAAUAAGGUUUAUAUUCCAUUGGUGUUUACAUUCGUUUUUAGGUUACUCUUUCUUGCGCUAAUGAAUAUUAUCGAUGCAACUUAUAAAAGUUGUACCAUAACAGUACUACUAUAAUUUAAUGUACGAGGUACUCAUUUUGCGUGAAUUACUAUUGAUGCUACAUAAGUGACUAUGCGGUUGUACACAAAACCCUAACUGUGUAAACGAACUCAGAUAUCUUAAAUUUUUGUCGUCCUUUUCAUAUUGCAUAAGAAGGCACUAUUUUGACUACUGGUUAUAUAAACUGCAUUUAAAAAGUUUUUUUUUUUUUUUUUAGUGUAGGAUUUGUGUACAAUAUAAGCAGAACCAUUUUCCGAUUGAAUAUUCUUCUUAUAAGCUUAAAGUGCAAUGCGCACCGCUCCUCAUACUUAAGUGAUGAAAGUUGAAAGGUUUCUAUGAUUAUGGGAUGCUAUUUGGAUAAAUGGAAUACCAAGACCUUCCGCGUUUAACCAAUAUAAAGGGCGUAAGGGUGUAAGAGACAUAACGAAAACUGAGACCUAGGAUUCAGUAUUGGUUUCAGAGUCUCCCGGGGCUGAAUUGUUUAAUCAUGAUUGUAAAUUAUUUACAGCAUGAAAUCGUCCAUUUCGUAAUCAUCAUUAUAAUUAUUUAAAAUCUUCUCUUUCAACUUUCAUGACGUGUUCUUUCCAAUCGCCUAACUAUAUGUAAGGCUUGACGCGCAUUUACUUUGAUAGGAUUAUGAAUACAAUCAACGUAUUAUAUAAUGUUAGUAUUUUUAAAAACUUAUCGGUACAAAUGCUGUUGUAUACUUAUAAAACUUUUAACGUAACUUAAAAAAAUCUAAAAUCCGACCACACUACACUGAAAUCUCUCCACGACGUCAUUAUGGCACCCGAAACGCUAUAACGUAAUCUAAGAUAACUCUCAAAAUUCUUCUGUAGUCGAUUAAAGACAUUCGGCUCUAUAAAUUCUAAAAUUUAAAUUAUAUAUUAGUAGCAGUAAUAUGUAAAAUGUCGUGGACUGAUUGACUGCCACAGCCUUCCAUUAGCGAGGACCUACAUAGAGUUGUAUGUUAAGUCAUAUUUUACGUUUGGUUCUCCGUACAAAAUUACAGAUUUACGUUAUGGCGUGGCGGAGUGGAGUUUACCUGAAAACUUGUCUAUAGCAACUUGUCAAAAAGCCCCGUCACGAAAAACUAUAAAAUUUGUAAACAAAGAACUUUUGCUUAAUUUUGACGGCCGAUUGGCGCAGU